ACGUUGCUAGCUUGAACCGCUAUCCACCGCCGGCUGGAGUGCGUCACCCUGGGUGGAUGCCACCGCGUUUUGUUUGUUUGCCAGCGAGAGUCUGUGCCAACAUAUUAUUGUGGUUGUAGUAUUUAGCGAUGAUUUGUAGUUCAACACAUUCGGGAGAAAUUUAUUAUACGGAGUUGAGCUAGUGCUACAAACCGCUAGCAUGCUAACCAUCCGCCUGGGAGAGGAUGUGAUGCUAUUUAAAUUCAUUUGAGAUCAUCUAGUUUCAUUCAGUUCAGUAAACUCCCAGAUAUACAAGUAGAAAUGUAACUGUGUAAUAUAAAUGUAUAAAAUACACAUAUCUGGCUAAUAGAGUCAACGUUUUAUGUGCUGAAUAUUUAUAAUACCACUAGUCAACCAAUACUGUUAGUGAUUCAUACGUGCUUUAUGCAUUAAAAGACCUGACCCCAUUUAUUUUUAGACAGGCUUAGAAACCUUCUAAUGUUUUUCAUUCAUAAAUAAUAAUUAUUCGAUGAUGGAAUGCUUGUGUGACGGUACGGACUAGUUCAUGUCAUUUUGAUUCAUAGUGAUUGACCCACAUUAGUCAUAAAUUGAGUUGUUUGUAUUUACAGUUGUAGUUGGGUCAUCCAGUGAGUGUAAAUAAGCAGAAUUGGGAGUGGAAAACUGACGUAAAGUAAAGCUGAUCCAGAUUUGGGUCGCUUCUUUAAUCUUGCUUGGAGAAAUCAUGACUUCACCCACCUGGCCAUGUGGAUCGGAUUGGUAACAUUUAUUCUUCCAUCAUGUGUCUGAUCUACCCAAGUGUGCAAGUGUCCCGUAUACAACUAUCUUACUUGUGUUCUCUUUCUAAACACACUCCGUACUACCUCCAGAUGAGUACAUUUACGUUUCUCAGAAUAUAAGUCUAUUUUGGGGCCUCACGAGUUGUCCACAGGUGGUCUGGGUGUUAAAUAAAUGCAGUCAGUUCUUUAUGUCCGCUACAUUUUACCUUUAACAUUCCAACCCAUAGAUGGACAUCUGCAGGAGUGAAAGAGCUCUGCCAAUCAGAAGUGGUCUGCUGGUUAUCAGAGCACUUGUGUGUCUGCAGUAUGGUAUGGUGGGUGAUUAUCAGUUGCAACAGCGUGCACACACACACAUGUAGCCAUACAAGGCUUUGGGGGACUUGAUCAUUUCACCUUUUGUUUUUAUCUUUUCUAUACGUAAGCUAAAAUAUCUGACUGUUGGAAAUUACUAAAACAGUUUGGUAGUGAGUACAAAGCAAGCUUUAACAAGGAACAUCUGCUGGCUAGCAUUGUAAAUAGCUUUGUUUACAGGCCUGCACAUCAUGCUGGCAGGAAAAAUAUGAAUAUGAUGGUAAUAAGGAAUGAACCCAGUGCAGCUGCAAAUCUUGAGGAAAUGCAGGAUCCUGGAAUAGAUUGGGUGUGGCUGCUUUGGCUCGAGGAAGAUGCUCCCAGGACGGAGCUUCGGUAGCGCUGUGGCUUGUGUAGGUCUUAAUUAUAAUUUGUGUGCUGGGCACAGAGAGAAAACAUACGCUAAGGGCAGAAAGCCUCAUCUGCAGGACUGUCUGUCUCUUAAUGACAGGCUACCUAGCUGCUCUUGGCUGCAGUUAUGCAUAGGCUGUGUCCAACUGGCUCUAAUGACUACUCUUCUGCCCUUACACAGCCAAGAAAAGGGCUAUAUUCUUCUUGGCGGCUUCACCUUUAGAUACUCACAGCAGCCUGCUGAAUUCCACCUAAAGUGGCUGCAGAGGUCGGUCUAAUUUCAAGCACAGCUUUGUUUGGGCUAAUAGGAGAUGGUGAUUAUAGCUUCUCUUGAUUUUGAAAAUGGCACAAAAACUGCAUGCUCAUGAGACAACAGAAAUGAAUCUCAUAUCAGAAGCUACAAGAGCCUUAGUGUUAGCUUCUCGUUGAUGCCUGAAUAUGUUUGAACUGUUUAAUUUGGACUUCCUUCCUGGAACAGAUAAUCUCAUAUUUCUGUGUCCAAAAUGAAUUCAGAAUAUGUAUUUCUUUCCUUUUAAUACAAUUCACUCAUUUUAUUUCUCUUUUUUUUUGUCAAACACUUUGCCUAACAAAGCAUGUGUGUGAGUGGGAAAAUGUAUCUGAUUUAAAGGACAGCUCAGGAGCUAGAGCAGGUUGUCCAGUAAUUAAAAGGUUGUAGGUUCGAUCCCGGCUCCCACCAGAGAAUUGUGCUGUUGUGUCCUUGGGCAAGACACUUAAUCCACCUUGCCUGUUGGUAGUGGUCGGAGGGACCGGUGGCGCCUGUCUAUGGCAGGCCACGCCUCAGUGCAGCUCAUCACCACUAACGUGUGAAUAGGUGAAUGACUGUGUUGUGAAGUGCCUUGGGGGGGUUGUAGAAUCGUAGAAGGCCGUACAAAUACAGGCUAUUUACCAUACGUGCACUGUCUGAAACUGUUUUGUGUGGAAAAUGUAGUUUAAGUAAAGCCAAGUUUGCCUGUCAACCGUAUUGACUUUAUCCUUUUAUUUAUAUUCUCCCUAAUUUGUAUAAAAAUCCCUUUUUAAGUUACUCCUCAUAGGUAAAAGAUUUUAGACUUUUUUUAGAUUAAUUCUUGAAGUUUCUAACCACAUCAUACAUUUUCACCCAAGACUACAGUAACUUCUAAGAAAGCCCAUCUCUGUUGGUUACUGAUGAAGCUUAGGGCACAGGCCGUGUGACUUCCUGUUCCAAAACACAGCCCCACUUAAUCCACACACACACACACACACACACACACACACACACACACACACACGUGACAAACAUGCGCACAGUUUCCCCUGUAUGGAGCUUUGGCAGGGUGCCAUAGAACACUGUUUUGCUGUGUCAUCUACAUCUCUCUGCUGUGAACAAACAUUAACUGUAGUUGUUCAAUAUGUUUGGGGCUUCUUGGGAUUAAUUUAUUUCUUUUCCUGUCUUUGAUUAGUGCUUCAUGUAUUCUUUCCAUUAUUUGUUUGGUUCAAAUUGGGUUUUUAUCUGUAGCCCAAAAGGUUCAAAACAAAGCAUUCAAUACUGUGUAUAGAUGAGAACUACAAAAAGAAAAAUUUUCAGGUUUUGUUUUUGGGGGAGGGAUAGCACAGAAGUGCAUGAGAUGUCCGUUUAGUGUCAAAUUCUUCAUUUCCGAACCUCCUUAAAAUGACUACAUUAAAGCAACACUGGGGAGUUUCCUGCCCCUCCACCCUACUGGUUGAAAUUUGAAUCACAGCUGUUAUAAACAACACUGCUGCAGCUAGCACCAACAAUCUAACCACAAAAUAAAAAGAUCCACACUGUUGGACAAAAAUACAGGUCCAGUAGCAACAAAGUCAGGUCACCAUCAGUUUGUGAUUUUGUAGCCUCCUUUACCUCCCUCAAACUAGUGUAACUGAUGUUCACUCUGGUUUUAUCUCUGCUUUGCCUCCAAAGACAUUACUCUCUGACUUUUACAUCCAGACUCUGCCAUGAUGCCAACAGAAAAAGCAAACUUAUUUUUUCUUCUUCCUGUGCUGUUAGUUGAUGAUCAGGGAACUGAAAAUGCUAACUGCUAGCAUAAAAGCUAACAGCCAUUAAGCAGGUAAAGAGCUCCCCCUAUAGAGCACCUACCCACUCCACAAAAUCGUUAAGUGCUGUAUCUGGUAGCAGAGGGCUGCAGAGUGGUGUCAAAUAUGACACUGGUCAAGUUUCUAUCUCAACAGUCACUGAGAUCACGGUUAAAGCUCAAGGUUAAAGUAAAAAAUAUUUAGUGUUUCGAUGGUUUCUACUUAUUUAUUGACUGUCCAGUAGGUGGCGCCACGACUCCUUGUGAUUAUUCUGUUUCAAGGAUUUAGAGCUUGAGGAAGCCUUGCAUGUGAAUCUGGGGUUGGUGUUGCUGUGACAGCCGCAGCUCUGGUCAUAGGAGAGAGUUCUGCUUAGAGGUAAUUUUGUCUGCAGAGUGCAAAGUACAGCAGAGCAGCUGACGGGUCUGACGUCUGUAGCAGGACUACUGGGAUCAUUUGUCUCAGCUCGGAACACAACAUUAAGAUCUCUUUAUCCCCAGGAGGGUUUUUUGUAGUUCCUUUCUUUUGUUUGUGUGUUUUGCUGACGGGAAUUUCCGGUGCACGAUAAAUCACCCUUUCUGCUUCAGAGUCCUUUAGUCUAAUUUAGUCACAUUCAGUAUAAUAUUUCUUCAGUCAAUUAUUACGUCCCCGGCUCUCUAGGAGAGAUGAUGAGGGGAGUAAUAAAAUUAGUGUGGAGGUUAAACAAUAAGAGUGCUGUGUCGCUUAACAAACAAGGAUUUUAUUACAAAAGUGAAUGGAAUAUGUACAAAGAAUUAAAAAGCAAUACUAUAUACAAAAACAAAAGGAGCUAUAUUUAAAAGGGUGAUAACGAAAAGCGCCAACCCAGAAGGGGAUGGGGAGAAAACAGAGAAUAAUAUACCAUAUAUUUCCAAAAGGGGAGAUCCUUAAGUCCAAAUGCUGGUCCGAAGUCAAAUUACCAAAUAGUCAAAUCCUAAAUCCAAAAUCCAAAUCCAAAAGCCGUGAGCACCAAAGUCUAAAUAUAACGAGUUUUUCCAAAAGCGCGAACGAGAAGAGAAUAGCCCAAACUGUUCCCAGUCUGCACUAUCCUUGAUCAUCUCCCUGAAUGAGGGCAAGAGGGCAGCUUUUAACAGCUGAUCCAUGAUUAUGAAUGAUCACAAACACCUGUUCACCAGGAGACAGGAGAAGCAGAAUGCUGCUGAGGCCAUCCUGGGGCCAAAAGGGGGCGCUGCACGUAACCUUAUUUUUAACAUUUCUAUUGUGUUUUCUUCUUGAACAAGUUAAAAAAUGUAACGUGUUAUUUUAAACAUUGUCCCAGUUUUAUUGGUUCAUAAAAUAAAGGAAAACAAGUGUUCGUUUCAUUUUUACUUUGGCCUGUCAGUGAUUGGUUAAUCAAUGGUCCCUUAAUCAAAUACAGUGUAACAGCAUUUAUCUCCCUACUGAGGUUAUGAACUUUAUAUUUAGGUCAAAAUAUGCGUGUAUCUACAGCUCUGAUCUACCUAAGAACUGUAACCAGGAUAAUGUCUGUGAUUUAAUUGCUGCUGAAUCCAUUUCCAAGCCAUAGUUCCCAGUGUUCUUCCUGCAGCUUGUCAGCUGUUUCCAAUAGAAACGUGGCAGGUGGUGUAAGUAGGUGAUGCAUCAUGCAUGAUGACUAAAGUAGGACUAAUGUCACAGGUACCGUUGGACUCUAUCUUGUUGAUGUCAUGUGGAAAUCAGCUAUUGAUGAGAAGUGACUCCUAACACAAGUUUGCACAACCAGUUGACUGUUUGUGUUGCUUUUGUCCUAUCGACUUGUUUCUGACCUUCCAAGUGUCUCUGUUCUCUCAUUGACAUGCUUUACAGAGACCAAGAUAACUAUUGUCAAGGAUUUACUGCUUUUAAAACCAUUUCCAUGUCUUAGUUAGAAUGGGGUUUUUAAAAACCUGUUUCCUUCAACCCCCACAUCUCAACCUACUACCUCCUACAGUUGAAUGUUUCCACAACACAGCUAAAGCUGAAAGCAUGGAGGCUGGGGGAGUACUUUGGGUUAAAAUCAAACCAUUUUCAUUUGGGUAUUGUUUUGCGGUGGCUUUAUCUUUAAGCUCUGCUUGGAAACGCUUUCAACGCUUGCAGUAAAACCGACCUUUACUCCCAAUUCAACAGGCAACUAAGGAAAUAAGAGCAAAAGGUUGAGAUACUCUUGUCAUUCAUCUGCGUUUCUGUCGGGGUGAUCACACACCUUUUGGGAUUGUGGAAGACGACAAUUGGGAAUUUAGUUAUUUAUGGAGAACGAUAAUUUUUUGCCAAACCAACUUGAUGCUUUGGACGAUGAGGAUUUUUGUGUGGAUCCAAGAAGCAGCUACCCACUGGAGAGCGGUGGUGGUGGACUCCCGGCCAAAGCCAAGAAGAGCAGGAGCGUUCUGAGCAAUGGCUCCGUCAAAAAGGUGGAGGCAAAGAAGGCCUUGAGUUUAGAGGCGGCCCAGAUCGAGAUCCAGCAGCAGCACAAAACUCUCACCAGACAAGUAGCCAUGAGCAGGUCGGAGACGUUUGAUGUGGACAGCAGAAACUUUGAGAGGACGGAGGGCACCGGCACACAGAGUGUGAGUCUCUUAACCUGCCGCAGGUCCAUUCAUUUCUGCUGUUUAUGCUCUAAAUUUCAAAGAUCCCCCUUCUCUUCUUUCCAGAGCUUCGUUAAACACAACAAGACAUUCCACAGAUUGUUUCCAGACAUUCCUGAGAAAGAAGACUUGAUACAUGCUUACGUCUGUGCCCUGCAGAGAGAGGUGCCCUACCACGGCCGGCUGUACAUCACUGAAGCCCACGCCUGUUUCUACUCCUCAGUUCUGCUCAAGGACACCAAGGUUGUUAUUCCGGUCUCCUCCAUCCGCACAGUGAAGAAGCAGAAUACAGCUUUGCUGGUACCAAACGCCUUUUCCAUCCGCACCACAGACGGACAGAAGUACCUCUUUGUGUCUCUGAGGAACCGAGAGUCUUGUUACCAGCUGCUGCGCUCCGUUUGUCCUCAGAUAGAGGAUGGCAGCACAAACAGCAGCCCCAUCCUCUCCUCUGGAGGAAACGGCUUUGAUAAGAGCAAACUCGUGAACUCCAGCCAGUCCAGUUUAGAUGCCAGCUUCGACCAGGUGGACACCUCAGUAACUCCGUCCUCGCAGAACCAGCCUCACCAAGAAGCAGUGCCUGAUGGAAACGGCUCCACUUUCAGGAGUCUACACCUGCAGCAAAGUGAUAGCUCGUCCUCAGAGGAGCUCUCAGAGUCAGGUGGGUCGUGGGUUUGGAGUGUGACUGAAAAAGCCAAGUCUCUGCUGGUUCAGAGAGAGGCCAGCACCCUCAACACCCUGCUCUUCAUUUACUUGAUUUUGGUUGUGCUGCUGCUGCUGUCUUCAGGUUACAUCGGUUUGCGUAUUGUGGCUCUUGAAGAACAGCUGACAUCACUCGGUGCACUGUCCGAGUUCACCUUACAGAGCGGGUAUCACAAAGACACAUAACCCUCAGCGAUGGAAGGAGAAGAUCGGUGGACUCGUGAUGGGAGAAUAAUUUCAGCCUCUUGUCAGCAGAACCCAGAGAGAACUUGACUGUCCUCGUCCUCCGAUCCCACUUGGAGGAAGAGUGGCAAGCCUGUGCAAUAUCAGAGAUGUCAGCUCUACUUCCUGUUGUAAACAGAAGGACGCGCUGCAGCUUCGUCCUACAGAGCCAAGCCAAAAACCAUCCCACGCUGCCUGGUUGCAGCAUGUCUGCUGGUAAAACCAAAGCUGAAUGGCUCUGUCUCAGCUGGGUGCCACACUAGCCAAGUCCAAGGGCACAAACCUGGUCCACAUCUGUGAAUUCCAGCUGUCCUCUUCUCCUUGAGCAUGCAGUCUGAAUAGGGCUAUACCAGUCAGCAUUAGCCUGCUGUAGUGCUCAUUACUGUACCUCCACACUGGAGACGUAGUGCUAUGCAUAGCCAAAGAUGCACAUCUAUUGCAUGAGUGCACGGAGAUGACUCUUUAACUCUUCAUCUCUGUGCUGAACGUCCAGUCUCGUCUCCGUCUCUACACUCAGAAAGUUUUGGGUACCUUAAAUGUUUUUCUAAUCAGGUGUGGGUUGAAAUGAUGACUGAAAUUCUGAACACAGAUCAGCCCACGGAGGCUUGGUGAUCUCCUGAUGGUCAUACCUGCUCUCUCUCUCUCUCUCUCUGUCAAAUCAGUCCUGAUUGCAGUAUUACAUCCCUGUCUUUGGUAUGAUUUAAAUCUGUUUAAUGAUCAAUGGGCACAGGUCAUUUUUCUUCCAGUCUCUACUGGAUGACUGCAUUAAUGCACAAACUAUUAGCACAGUGGGCGAGGAGGCGUAGACGUGUCUUUCCUGGUCAAGAGUAGAUUCUACAUCUAUCUGGUUUAAACGUUUCUGGUUCUGUGCCGUCUACCUGGAAACAUUUCAUCCGUCUGUUGGGAGUACCCGUGUUUCCUAAUGCAUGUGUCUGCAGAUUUUGGCUCUUGACUGAACUGGAUUUGUAUUCUGUCCCUUGUCUUUUAAAGAGUUUAUAACCACGUCUGCUGUAAGGUUCAGGCCUUCCAAAGCAGAAUGAGUGGUCCUGAAGAGAACAUUUCAAUAUGCAAACCAGUAGUCAUGCAUGGAAAAGAUGUGAUCUAUAUCUGCGUGCUUUUUUAAGUGGAACGUUUAAGUUCAUGGGAAAGAAAUGGCUUUUAAAGGAAAUUAGAAGUGAGAGGAGCAAGCGCACUUUAAACAAAAACAAAACGAGCCGUGCCUGUCAAAGUCCAAAGUGAGUGGUUUGGGUUAGGAAAUGGUAAAAGUGGCAUUCUGUGGUUUCUGAUGGUGCUCAGACUUUUAUUUCUGAUUGAUUUCACUCAGGGUUGGUGGGCACAACCUACCACACGCUUUUAGUGCUUCUCCAGCUUGUCAUUUCAUCGUCUAAUGUUCAUGAUGGGACUCACGUUUGCACCAUGUUACCCCAGUAUCCCCUUUAGUGACAAAAAACUUGAUUUUUACUGAACUGCAUUAAGCUCCUCAGAACGCUGGUUUUACUUUCUUCCCCACUUUUAAUUCUUUUAUUCACCCAAACUACAUUUCAACACCACCGCUGCUGUCUUUGAAGGGGGGAUUUAGUGAGUAGACCAACUUUUGCUACGUCCUUUUUCAGGAGAGUCCUUUUAAAAUGUUUUUCACACACGAGUCAUACCGGUUUGUUAUUACAGCCCCCCACCACCAGGGGGCAGCACAUGCAGCCACUGUCUUUUAUACAACCACCUGAGAUGAGGACAGUUUUUGUGUGACUUUGCACUAUUCUGAGUAUUGUAAAUAAUUUUGUACCAAUUCUAAAUGUCUUUAAUUCUAUUAUUGCCCUACAUAUAUAUUUAUUUGCAUUCAGUGUAAUUUUAAGUAGUCUCUGGGAGAUUGCUUUGCUAAUGUUGAAAAUAAAACAAUGUUUGGAAAUGA